UGCACAGUUCUUCAAGCCUCCGUUGUUGUCUGUACACCGUCCCCGAACAGCACAAAUCGGCAAGACCAAGAUGGGUAUCGACCUCAAGGCACACCACGUCAAGAAGGCCCAGCGGACGUCCCCCAAAAGCGAGGACCCUUACCUCCUUUUGCUCGUCAAACUCUACAGAUUUUUAGCGCGCCGGACGGACUCGGAUUUCAACAAGGCUAUCCUCCAUCGCCUCUUCCUCUCCAAAAUCAACCGUCCCCCCAUCUCUUUGUCAAGAAUUGUUAAAGAAACCGCCGCCACUCCUGAUCUUGCCUCAAAAGUUGUCGUGAUUGUUGGCACCGUCACCGAUGACGUUCGUCUCGUCGAGAUCCCCAAGCUCUCAGUCGCUGCUCUGCGAUUCACGCGUGCAGCAAAGGAGCGUAUUCUCAAUGCUGGCGGUGAGGCAUUGACGUUGGAUCAGCUCGCACUUCGUGCACCGACAGGUUCCGACACUGUGUUGCUACGGGGGAAGAGGAACACUCGCGAGGCUGUCAAGCACUUUGGCAUGGGUCCUCACAAGAACAAGAAGCCUUAUACCGCCUCCAAGGGUCGCAAAUUCGAGCGUGCCCGUGGUCGCCGAAAGUCUCGUGGCUUCAAAGUAUAAGAGGCUCACAAAAUAUUCAGCACGGAGGAUGUCGCAGUCUGUGGUUGCAUGUGCAUUAUGGGUAUACUACGAACCAUUAUCUUUUCACCUUUUGACUCCAAUAUUCUGUAUGCCCCACCUAUGCAUUGCCUAUGUUCAAGCGCACGCUUUUGCUACGAAGGCACCACUUCAGGAAUGCGAUAUUAGGAGUGAAAAGUGAUCCAGAAGUCCGAGACAAAUAUGUAAAGUUUUGAAUCCUGAUAAUUGUCUAGCAGUAAGUAUAAACUGGUAUAGAAUCU